AAGUCUGUGAAAUAACAGAUGGGAAAAAAAAUCAUGCGUCUCAGUAAGAACCACGAAUGACUGGGAAAGUAAAACGUUAGUUGCCUUAGUGAGACCUUUAGACGCAUGUUCCGCGCAGAAGCGGAACUAUUCUACUGGAUCGCUAAGGUUCCUGCCCGGAUUUCGAUAAUCGCUUCCGUUUCUCAGCGGAAGCGUGGGUCGCAGAGGACAACUCGGAAGAACCCGCUGUCGGCUGUGUGAAAAACUAAAACCAUGUCGAGUUUGUCAGUGAGAGACCCGGCAAUGGAUCGAUCACUGCGUUCCGUGUUCGUGGGAAACAUUCCGUAUGAGGCAACUGAGGAGCAAUUAAAGGACAUUUUCUCGGAGGUUGGUUCCGUUGUCAGUUUCCGGCUCGUAUAUGAUAGAGAGACUGGAAAGCCCAAGGGUUAUGGUUUCUGCGAGUACCAAGACCAGGAGACUGCACUUAGUGCCAUGAGAAACCUCAAUGGGCGUGAGUUUAGUGGGAGAGCCCUUCGGGUGGACAAUGCUGCCAGUGAAAAGAAUAAGGAGGAGUUAAAGAGCCUAGGGCCUGCAGCGCCCAUCAUUGACUCUCCUUAUGGGGAUCCCAUCGAUCCAGAAGAUGCCCCCGAAUCGAUUACCAGAGCAGUAGCCAGUCUUCCUCCGGAGCAGAUGUUUGAGCUGAUGAAGCAGAUGAAGCUCUGUGUCCAAAACAGUCACCAGGAAGCUCGAAACAUGUUACUUCAAAACCCACAACUGGCUUACGCACUGCUUCAGGCACAGGUAGUGAUGAGGAUCAUGGAUCCUGAGAUUGCUUUGAAAAUUCUCCAUCGAAAGAUACAAGUCACCCCACUGAUCCCAGGCAAAUCUCAGUCUGUUUCUGGCCCUGGCCCUGUCUCUGGCCCUGGCCCUGUUUCUGGCUCAGGCCCUGUUUCUGUCUCUGGGCCUGGCCCUGGCCCUGGGCUUUGCCCAGGACCCAACGUUCUGCUGAGCCAACAGAAUCCUCCAGCUCCUCAACCUCAGCAUUUGGCGAGAAGACCUGUGAAAGACAUUCCUCCUCUGAUGCAGACUCCUAUCCAGGGUGGAAUUCCAGCUCCGGGGCCAAUAGCAGUUACAGUUCCUGGACCUGGACCUGGUCCUGGUUCUUUAACUCCUGGAGGGGCAAUGCAGCCACAAGUUGGAAUGCCAGGGGUUGGCCCUGUCUCUUUAGAACGGGGACAAGUGCAGAUGGCAGAUCCUAGAGCUCCUAUUCCUCGUGGCCCCAUGAGUGCUGCUGGCCUACCUCCUCGAGGACUGUUAGGAGAUGCUCCAAAUGAUCCACGUGGAGGGACUUUGCUUUCAGUUACUGGAGAAGUAGAACCCAGAGGUUAUCUGGGUCCACCUCAUCAGGGUCCCCCCAUACACCAUGCCUCUGGUCAUGAUAACCGAGGCCCUUCUGCACAUGAUAUGAGAGGAGGACCAAUAGCAGAUGCCAGACUGCUUAUUGGAGACCCCAGAGGCCCCAUGAUGGAUCAAAGAGGUCUACCUAUGGAUGGCAGAGGAGGUAGAGAGUCUCGAGGGAUGGACACUCGAGCAAUGGAAACUGACGUUUUAGAGACCCGAGUAAUGGAGAGAAGAGGAAUGGAGACCUGUGCUAUGGAAACCAGAGGGAUGGAAGCAAGAGGCAUGGAUGCAAGAGGAUUAGAAAUGCGGGGGCCUGGACCUAGUUCUAGAGGUGCUAUGACUGGUGGAAUCCAGGGUCCUGGUUCCAUUAAUAUAGGGGCAGGUGGCCCCCAGGGACUUAGACAGGUCCCAAGCAUUUCAGGAGUGGGGAAUCCUGGAGGUGGCAUGCAGGGGGCAGGCAUGCAAGGAGCAGGCAUGCAAGGAGCAGGAAUGCAGGGAGCAGGCAUGCAGGGAGCAGGCAUGCAAGGAGCAGGCAUGCAGGGAGCAGGCAUGCAGGGAGCAGGCAUGCAAGGAGGAGGCAUGCAGGGAGGAGGCAUACAAGGAGGAGGCAUACAAGGAGGAGGAAUGCAGGCAGCAAGUAUACAGGGGGUGGGGAUACAGGGGGGAAGCAAGCAAGGUGGAGGUCAGCCUAGUAGCUUUAGUCCUGGGCAGAGUCAGGUAACUCCACAGGAUCAAGAAAAAGCAGCUUUGAUCAUGCAGGUUCUCCAACUAACUGCAGAUCAGAUUGCCAUGCUGCCUCCAGAGCAAAGGCAGAGUAUCUUGAUUUUAAAAGAACAAAUCCAGAAAUCCACUGGAGCUUCUUGAAAGGUUUUGGAAAGUAUUUGGCUGUAGUCGUGUAAAUUUAAUUUAGUAGUGUAGAGUAUGAGUACAAAAAGUUAACUUCUGCAUCCCCAUGCUUUAUGUUUUAUUUUUAUUUUUUUGGUGCUGGGGAUCGAACUCGGGUUCUUGCACUUCCCAUGCUUUAUUGAUUACUUUUCCUCCUCCUAGAACCUAAUCUCAUUUCUUGUUGUCUUUUCAUUUUUUUGUGUUUUUAUUUUUAAUUGAGGGUUGGGUUAAGAGGGAGUUGGUCUGUUCAUUUAAAGUCACUAAAUAUACAGAAAUAAUUCUGAAAAUGAUUAUAUUAUGCCAAAUAACAUUACAAAGAAUUUGCAGCAAUAUUGAAAUGCCAGAAAUAUGUUAAUUACAUUGAGUAAAACUGAAAACUGCACUUAAAGACUAAAAGGUGACAUGUUAAAGUGUUAAUGUACUAAGUUUUAAGACUAUUUGGUUAUAUAACAGAAAUUUACCUCAAAGUUAAAUUUUUUUGAUAAACCAUUCAAAAUACGAAAUUUUAGAGGCAAUAGACUGCUGUAUUAUAUUAAACAUUGUUUUAGUUCUUUUGGAAGCAUUUUGAAAUGUUAGAGCUAACAAGAUGAGUAAAUUGGUGGUACUAGAGUUGUUUUUUGAUUUGGGGGGUUUUUUUUUGGUACCGGGGAUCAAACUCGGGAUCUUGCACUUGCAAGGCAGGCAGUGGAACCACUGAGCUAAAUCCCUGCCCUAGAGUUGUUUUUUAAAAGCUCUGUUACCCCCCUAAAAACAGGGAAGCUACCUGGUUUGAUGUUGCUUCAUUUAUUUCACUUUUUAUAGACUGGCAAUACUGAGCUGGUCCUGACUGUAAUGAUUUUGUUGGAAUAUUUGUAGGAUAAUCCAAGUUUACUUGAGUUUCCUCUGAAGAGAUCUAAUAAUCUCCCAGUACCUUCCUAUUUCUUAGAAGAAGUCUUUAAGCCCUAAGUUUAACUCUGAGAAUUCUCUCAUAUCUUUGCCAAAAAUCAGUGACUCAUCUGAAUGAGUUACACACAGCAUUGGCCUUUUCAUAAAUAGUAGAAAGUUUCAUUCAGUAAAGUUUUCAACUUCCUGGUAACUAGCCUCCAUAUAUAUGGAGUCCAUUCAGUCAACUAGAAUCAGGAAUUAAAAACUUUUCAUCUUAAUAUUUACCAUGCCUUUUUAUGAUCUGCUUUUCUAUCAUCAGAAUACUUGAGGCCUAGGUAGCUAGAGAUACCUGUAUAAAUUCAAUACUCUUCACUUGGCUUGUUAGUUGUUUCACUUUUUACAAAUGAUAAAGCCAUUUAGCAAUACAUGCUCAUGAGAUAUAUUUACAGUCAUUAGGGAAUAUGACAUUAGGGAUUAUGACAUCAUUACCACUCUUUUUAUGAUGUACUACCUAAUUUAUUUUUAAGCCUUGAGGAUAUGGACACAAACUUUUGUAUUAUAGUCCAAGUAGCAGUUAACAGGUGUAAACUUCCAGAUUUCUUCUAGAGAAGAAAAUCUAGUACCAAGUUACAGAAGAAAAAAUUUAAUAUGAGAGAGCUGAGUUUUAGGAGUUAUUCUCCCUUUGUAAAGUUUUUACAGUUUAAAUGGGUAAUUCAUUUUUUUUCAGUUUCCGUCCUUGUGCUGUUUCCUACUAGUUUUACUCUUUUUUUGUGUGUGUGUAUGGUUGUUUAUACUGUUAAAUUUCCCAUGUUUUCUGUGUUUUAUCUAUACUAGAAAGGAUAAUUCUGCACGUGUGACCGUUCUGGCAAAUAACGUAGUAAUUCACAGAGCUGGCUAGCUUACUUUGUAAUUGUUUCUUUCCCAAAGCUUUCACUGAAGGGCUCUGUGAAAACUAUUAAAUGUUAUAGUCUUUGUUCUAGUGAAAAUCUCUGCAUUGUUUAAUGAAGACUAAAUAAAAAGAUUCUACAUUUAA